UAAACAGGCAGGACAAGCCGCCUUCAGCUCGGCCGGACGCGGCGCUUCGAGAGGCUGCACCGUCGACUGAAACGAUGCAGUCCCUGCCCAUGGAAGUGGGCAGCAGCAGCGGCGGCGGCGGCGGCCCAGCUCCCAGCGACACAUCUGGCUCGAUGGUGCAGGUGUGCUUCCCCAGCGCCCAGGCCUCGGUGCUAGACAGCCUGAACCGGCAGAGAGAGGACGGCAGGCUCUGUGACCUCUCCAUCCAUGUCCAGGGACAAGUGUUUAAAGCCCACCGCUGCGUCCUGGCCGCGUCCUCGCCCUACUUCCAUGACCAGGUACUACUGAAGAACAUGUCUACAGUCUCCAUCCCAGCAGUGAUGGACCCGCUGGCGUUUGAGAGCGUGCUGAGCUGCGCCUACACCGGCCGGCUGCGGAUGCUCCGCGAGGACAUCGUCAACUACCUCACGGUGGGAAGCGUCCUGCAGAUGUGGCACAUCGUGGACAAGUGCACCGAGCUGCUGAAGGAGGGCCGAGCUGCGAGCGGCGGCGGGAACAGCGGAGGAGGAGGCGCGCAGGACCGGGCCGGCGCGGGCGGAGGUGCGGGGUCAGCGAACCCCGGGUGCAGCAGCAGCAGCAGCAGCAGCAGCAACGGCGACGGCGGCGCAGUGUGGGGUGGUGGUCAAGCUCAGGUCGCCCAGGUCCAGCGCAGCAGCAGCCUCCCAACCCAGCAGCCCAGCCGCAGCAGCAGCAGCAGCAGCAGCAGCAGCAGCAGCAGCAGCAGCCCCAGGCAAAGCGGGCGCAGCACUGCAGCCGCUGCCGCGGGCGGAGGCGAACAGCUACAGCACUGCACCAGGAGGAGGAGGGAGGAGGCCUUUCUGAUUGAGGAAGAGGAGGAGGAAGUGGAGGAGGAAGAGGAGGAGGUGCUGUACCACCAAAGGAAGCGAGGAAGAGGAGGAGGCAGCGGCAGGAGGAAGAAAAUGAGCUCGGCGGCAGAGCAGGAAGUCGGGGUCAGCGACAGCUUUGGUGUCUCCUCCUAUCAGGACGGGGAGGACUCAGCGUUGCCACCGCAGAAGCGUCCCACCUACAGCCAGCCUAGCAUCAUGCCUCGCAAGCAGUGGGUGGUGGUGAAAACCGAACGCACGGAGGACGACGACCUCAUCGUGGUGUCCGGGGAGGAGGGAGGAGAGGACGAGGAGGACGAGGAUGAGAGGGAGGUGGAGCUGGCCAGAGAGAGGGAGAGAAGCGACUUCAACAUCUCAAACGUUAGGAGCCUCUCGGCCGAGCUGGGGGGCCGGGCUGAGAACGACAUGGACUCACAGAUGGACUACUGCCAGUCUUCAGAAGACUACCUCAAGUUUGAAGGCAGUUUAAUGGACCAGACGUUAGCUCAGCACCUUCACGACAGCGCUGCGGGUCAGAGCCAGGGCGCUAACCGCGCCGUGUCAGCUCUGCUGGGCCAGGUUCAGUCUGCAGCCACGGCCCGGGCCCAGCUCUUCCCCCUGGACAUGCAGGGGAACCAGAUCCUCCUCUACAGCCAGGCCUCCGGACUCUCUCUGGACGCUGCUGCCCCUCCCCUGGGGAUGGCAGGUGGUAUGAUCGGAGCGGCCUCUUACAAAGGUCCCGGUCUGGAGCACGGUGCGGUCCACCUGUCGAUGCAGGGCGGCCUGGGAGUCGACGGCAUGGACGGCGGGGCCAUCGGAGGCGGAAGCGGCGGCGGCAGCGGCGGUAGCACCGGUGGCACCGGGGCUUCAGGCAAAGUGUUCAUGUGCCACUGCGGCAAGACGUUCACCCACAAGAGCAUGAGGGACCGGCACAUUAACAUGCACCUGGAUCUGAGGCCUUUCCACUGCCCCGUCUGUGCCAAGAAGUUCAAGAUGAAGCAUCACCUCACAGAGCACAUGAAGACGCACACGGGCCUCAAGCCGUACGACUGCCUCGGCUGUGGCAAGAAGUUCAUGUGGCGCGACAGCUUCAUGAGGCACCGUUCGCACUGCGAGAGGCGCAGCGGGCUGGGGGAGAGCGCUGGGGGUGGGGGCAGCGGCGAGGGAGGCAGAAGGGGGGGAGGCGGAGGUGAGGACGCCACGGAUCUGAUUUCCUCCCCUCACCUCCUCCUCUCUGCGGGUGAGGGAGGUCAGGGUAAUGUUCCGGGAGGAGGCGGGAGAGGAGGAGUGUCCGUCUCCUCUGUUCUGUCACCGCAGCACGGCGGCGUCCCCGCCACGGGGAGUAGCGGCGGCAACAGCAGCGUGAGCAACAGCAGCGGCGGCGUUGCUCUGAGCAACAACGUGGCCGCCGCAGGGGCGCUUCAUGGGGUCGUUUCUCAGAGUCCAGGUCAGGGUCAGGGAUCUGGGAUCUUUGGCGGUCUAGGGUUGGGUCGGAGUGUGUGUGAGGAAGACGUGUGUGAAGUCGGUGCCAACGACAGCAGCGUGACUUAAACCAAAAUUGUGUGUCGUGUCCAACGGGCGCCUCCGGGUGGGGCUCCUGGUUCCUGCCGCUGUUUUGGAGAAAUGUCGUAAACACGGUUUUCCUCUGAAACCAUUUUUACUGCCAACACUCAGCGUUUCAAGCGGGGGAGCGCGGACUUUGUCAAGAGCGGGCAAAACAGUCGAGGCUCCCGUUGGACACGCAACCCAAAGAACCCGCAGGUGUUUACACAAAAACUUGGACUUGGCGGUGGGAAGUUUCACAAAUACACUCGUGGUUAUCUGCAGCUCUUGCACCGCAAAGACUGUAGGAGACUUGCCUCCGAAAAGUGGCCUCAUAAAAUAAUGGACCUUUUGUCUCAGUGAGUAAGCUAUCGAUUUAAAUAUCUAAGAUGUUAUUAAAGUUUAUUUUUUUUGGUUUUGUGGAAGAAUGCGUGUGCGUUUCGAGAGGAAACCAAAAAUGAGAAGACAGUGCUUCACUAACUGUUCCCUUCUGUGGCAACAUUAUAGUAUCAGUAGAGUAGAAAAGUGGCUGUUCUAAAUUGCUGUGAUUUUCUGCAGUAUUGUAUCGUGAUUUAUUGCUGUAAUCAGAUAAAAAACACAAAACUGCAAGAGAGUGUAGAAAUGAAGGGAAAGGUGACAUUUACAUGGUGAAACCUAGGUUUCUUUUGAAAAGAGGCACAAGGAUUUUAACAGACUUCGUAGCGUGCGCUACGUUUCAUUUUCCUCUAUGUGUUGAAUUGCUUGUCUUUAGAGUUCCAGUAUUUUCCACUGGUGUCUUUUUUUGUUCUUGCAACCCUUUUAAAAGCAUCGGUGAGUCACGCGGGUCCCGACCUCCCAGGAGCUCGUAAAUGUCGAGGGAAAUCUUGUCUCUUCGCCGGUGACGGGAGCUAGGCGAGCGUUUCCCCUCUCUGUUCGUGUUUAUCAGCGGUGGUUUUGGUUUUCGGUCCCACAACCUGUCCUUGCUUUGGACCUGGAUGUGAGUGUGGUAGUGGUCCAGGCGGUUCUUUUGUGAAGAAGGCGCUGGUUCGACGCUUAAGUCCAGACUGACCCAGAUUGAGGCAGGUCCGCAGUGCUUCUGAUUUCACUUUUUGGAACUAUCUGAAGAAAACUUUUAUCCCACAAAAACUGACUUCUCAAACAUCCUGAAUAUCGUGUUUCCUAAAUACAAUUGAUUAAAUUCAUAAAAAAUAAAAGUGAUCAAACCGACCGAGUUGACGGACGGAAAGUUGUUGACAAUUUUGAGGCUCAAAUUAUCAAGUGAAAUGACUAAACCCCAAGUAAUGGUAGCCAUGUUUUACCGCUGCUGAAUAAAUAUUUGGGCAGCGCUAGUGCCAGUUUACUCGUGGGAGGUCAGGGCUCGAAGUUCGUCUUUGUUUACUCCCCAUAAAAACAAAAAUGAACUUCCUCUCAAGAUGCCUAAUCGAAACACAGCUAAGUUUGUUUACUUUGAACCUGGUAGAAAUGUAAACUCCUGCUUUCUCUUCUCCAGCUCUCCGCUUCCCACACACACCAUGUCCUGGCUUUCGGACCCCGCUGAGGUUAAAGUACGCUAUUGGUCCUGUGCUGUGGCUACACUGGGGCUGCUGUAGUCGUGAUACAAUAUCGGCGCUCUGUGGCGCAUCGAGGGACGGGGCCAAUGCGUAUACAUCUUAGCAUUAAAACACAGAAUAGGUCUUCUUUUGCGUUUGCCGUCGAAAUUAUUUCGAAACGAAUUAUUUGUUCUUCCUGCCGAUCGUUCUAGCGGAAAUGCGGAACGUGCAGCGCCGACAUGAUUCGAAAAACCAACACCUUUUGAAAAAGCUACCGUGUGGAUAAGCAUACUUGUACCAUGGAAAAUACCCAUUUCUGAUUGGCUGGCAGGGGUUCAUGAAAACCUCGUAUUGGGACGCCUUAACCGUAGUUUAGGUCAACAGUUGACUCGUCAUUAGAUAUUAGUGCACAGGUCGUAUAUUAAACUGCAGGUAACCA